AUGGGUUCGCUCUUUAAUCUUAUACGCUGUGAUCAAUUGUUCAAUCGAUCGCGUGAUACGUACGAUAAUCUAAAGACCGAUAUUUGUGGAAUUGAUCGUGUGAAAUAUAUAUUAUCAUGCUUUUGCAUAUUCGUGCUGAUUAUUGGAUGCAUUUAUGUUUGGAAAAAAUGUGAUAGAUGCCAUAAAACUUUGCUGGCCUUUCACAAUUUGCGCGCAGCUGUUUCGCUGCUGCUGCUGGCCGUUAAUAGUUUGGAGCUGGCCAGGAGUCUGCUGCCCCAGCGCAGCACGGAGCAGCUGUAUCAGCUCUUUGACUCAACGCCCAAGGAGCUGAAUGUUCUGAUUAUCAUCGGCACUGGCACCGUGUGGAACGCCCUGGCCGCCAUCCUGUUGACAAUUAUGCUAAUGUGCUAUCAUCGUGUGCUCGAGCGCAAAAAGAUGACAGACUUUCUGUACGGCAGCAUUGCCAUAGAAAUGUUGAUUUUCCUGCUGCGCAUCGAUGAACUCGCCGAGGUGGCCUAUUACGAGGAGCUGCUUGAGCUGGAGACCUUACUGCUCAGCGUAACGGUGAUUUGCCUAUUAGGCUUGGCUGCUCUCGAUGGAUUUACCAUUUAUAAAGAGCGUUAUCGGGACGAUUAUCUGGAGGAUUACGAUUGCAUUGGCUAUAAGCAUACGCUGGCCACAUUCUACUCGAAGAUCUGCUUCUGGUGGCUAACUUCGCUGCUCUGGCUGGGCUAUAAGGAACCGCUCGAGCUGGAAGACCUGGGCCACAUGCGACUGGAGGAUAGCGCCAGAGCGCACUAUGAUCGAUUUUUGUAUAUAUACACGGAGGAGGUGAAAAAAUCGAAUGCAUCGCCUUCUCUGUGGUAUUGUUAUAUAAAGAACAGUUGGCGCAUGUUUGCGCUGGGCGGCUUUUUGAAGUUGGCCGGUGAUUUAUUUGCAUUGAUUGGUCCACUUGCCAUACAGCAAAUAGUGCAGUAUAUUGAAGGACUCUAUGCGGCGGCACGGGAAGAAGUCCAGGCACAGGUCCACGCACAGGCAGCCGCAGCAAAUAGAUCAAUACUAUUGGGGGCUGGGCCUGUGGGCAGUCAAAUGUUUGGGCCUAAUGCGGCCGCAGAUGGUGCCGAUGUUGUUUACUACGAAGAUUAUGAUGUUGGCAAUGAUGAUGGGGGCUACGAUGGUAUUGGUAUUGGUAUUGGCAUCGGUGAUGUGCGAAUUUACUAUGCCAGAUGGUCGGAUUUGCUAACAAAUGGCUGGAGCAUUGCUUGGCUGGUGCUUUUGGCCGCAUUGGCGCAGGCCGCAUUGUCGCAGGCCUCCACGCAUGUGCUCAACAUGACGGGCAUCAGGAUUAAAACAUCGCUACAGGGUCUAAUUUAUCGCAAAAGUUUGCUUCUAAAUGCCAGCAGCGGUUGUGGCAACAAUGCCGCUGAUGAUGACAAACCAGCCACUGCCACCGACUCUGCCACGGCCACUACUUCCGCAGCUGAUGUGCAGCAAAAUGGCAAAAACAUUAGGUUGACUCCCAAUGAUGAUAAGCCUGUCGAGGUGGCAGACACACAACAAACGGAGCGUUCAGGCGGCCUCGGCGACGUCGGUGCCAUCACGAAUCACAUGACGGAGGAUACACUUAAUAUAAUGCAAUUCUUUUGGAUCGCUCACUAUGCCUGGGCUAUACCAUUCAAGAUAGCCCUGGUCAUCUACUUGCUGUAUCUGAAGCUGGGCAUAAGUGCGGUGAUUGGUGCCAUUGUGUGCAUUGUCAUUAUGACACCGUUGCAGUUCCUCAUCGGGCGAGCCAUGUCGAGGAAUGAGGAAAGGAUAGCGAAAUUCACCGAUGAGCGUUUAAAGAAAAUCCAUGACACCUUAAUAGGCAUUAAGAUAAUCAAGCUGAAUGCCUGGGACGAGGUGUUUCUCAGAAAAAUUCAAGCGGCACGCCAAAAGGAGCUCAAGUAUCUGAAGAAGGACGCCAUGUACUGGACUCUAAUGACCAUUUUGACCCACAUCUGCACCGUGCUAAUCACAUUUGUGACUCUGGCUGUCUAUGUCUAUCUGCCGGACGAGUCGCGCACGAAUUUCGAUGCGAGCCAUCUGUUUGCUGCGCUGGCGCUGUUUCAGCAGCUGACUGUGCCGCUGCUGAUCUUCCCCAUAACUGUGCCCAUUAUCAUUGCGGCCAGGGUGUCCACGCGGCGGCUGGAGCGCUUUCUGCACGCACCCGAGAUUCAAAAGCAGUUCGAGGGCAUUCGGAAUAUGGCGCGCAUCUUGAGUAAAAGCGAUGCCUCGCUGGAUAUGUACGAGACGCAGGAGAAGUCCAACAUGGCGCUGCGCACAGCUCAAGUGGAGAAUCGCCUGAACGAGCAGCGACAGGCGCUGCGCAUUCGCAUACCCGAGGAACUACAAACGCCGGCGCCCCUGGCUCAGUCGGAGCCCAUUACGCCGCUGUUGUCGAGCAAUGGCGAGUCCGCUGAGGACAAGUCGCCGGCUUUGUACGCCCACGAAUUGGGCCACCAGAAGCUCGUGCAGCAUCGCAAGGAACUGUUGCGCAACACGCCCUACGUGGCCAUACGACCACCCAAGCUGUUUGGCGGCACCGCCGACAGGCCCGUAGAGUUCUCAGUGGUGCGCGCUCGGAACACAGACAGCUGGCGGCGCGAUUCUUUGCUGCUAAAAAUGCCCGACGACAUAGCCGUGUCCAUCAACGACGGGCUCUUCACCUGGCAGCCGCAGUGCCGCUUGCCCAAUGUCCAGCUACACAUUCAGGAAAUGGCCAUACCCAAGGGCAAGCUGACCAUCAUUGUGGGCAAGACAGGCAGCGGCAAGAGCUCGCUGCUCUCCGCGCUGCUCAUGGAGAUGCCGCUGCUGGCUGGUAACAUGUUCUGGCACAAAAACUGUACCAUCUCGUAUGUGCCGCAAGUUCCAUGGCUGCUUAAUGACACAAUACGGGAGAAUAUACUCUUUGGCGAAUCAUUCCGGCCGAAGCGUUACGAUUUUGUGCUGGAUGCGUGCGCACUAAAACCGGAUAUUCAACUAAUGCCAACCGGUGAUUUUACGAUAAUCGGCGAACGGGGCAUCAAUCUAUCCGGCGGACAGAGGCAGCGCGUGGCUAUAGCACGUGCAAUUUAUUCAUCGGCCAACGUCGUCAUAAUGGAUGAUCCGCUGUCAUCGCUGGACAAUGAAGUGGGCAGCCAUGUCUUCGAGCAGUGUGUGCGUCAAAUGCUUUUGAAGUCGAAUCGUACCAUCAUCCUGGUGACACAGCAAUUACAGUUGAUCAAGGAGGCGGAUUAUUUAAUUGUGAUGAAGGAUGGGCGACUGCAAGCUUGCGGCAGUUAUAAGGACAUUGAGCUAAAGCAGCCGAAAAUAAUCGCCAAAUGGAACUCGAUAAUUGCUAAGGCAAACGAGAAUGCAAAGGACCAGCCACAAAACGCCACGGAACGCACAGCUCGGGAACGCUGGAAGCUAUUCAAGAAUGUCAGCAAAUUGGGUUUGCAGCGUUCAAUAUCGAUUAGUUCGGAAACUGGCGGCGGCAAUAACUCGGAGCUGGAUGCCAAUUGCUUGGAUGGCAGCAUAUCAAUGUCAUUUAACAAUAUGCUCAACAAUGCCGUCGAAGAGGACGAGGAGGACGACGAUCUGCCUGCGUCACUGUCCCUGGCCAGUGGCAUCAGCUGUGGCUUGCAGUCGGCAGGCAGCUUCCAUUUGCAGCGCAAGCGAGCGAGCGUCUAUGGCUCACGGCAUUUGAUCUAUGAUGUGCCGCUUCCCAUUGACGAGUGUCAGGCGGAUGAUGUCAUCAUGCGACCACGUCGGCGUGCCGCGCUGCAGCGUCGUGGCAGCAGUGCUCGAUCGAGGAACUCGUGGCAUCGACUAAGUGGACUCAGCUCGGCAACGGCAACGUCCACGUCCAGCACGAACAGUGGAGACUUGCUGCGCCGCAGCCUGAUGACAGCCAGCUGCAGUAGCUAUGCGGAGAGCAGUGUCGAUGGCGGCGACUCGCUCACAGACGGAGUUACGCCACCGCCGCCGCCCCAAGCUGAGCUGUGCCCACGUGCCCAGUCGUGGCAGCCAGCGCAGAAAAUGCAUCAUGCGCCGGUGACGCGAAAUGUCUCCUCGCCACCGGCAAUGGAGGCGGCACAGCCACUGCCAACCACUGAGGAGGCUGUGGCACAGAGUCGCGGCAGCUUCCAACAGUUCCUGCGACGCAUGUCCAUGCGGCGCUCCAACAAGCCAAAGCAUCAUCAUCGUCCGCUCAGCGCGGCCAACUCGAUUAGGAGCAUCUCGGAGGAGUCCGGUGCCGCAGCUCUUUUGCCAACAGUUGAGCUAAGUUCAGUGCCUUCAACGCCUGUCGCUGACGUUUCCAAUCCACAGCCAACAACAAAUUCAGAGACAACUGUCGACGACCUGGAACUAAGGAGAGAGAUGCACGAAUUGUCUGCCACUGCCGCAUCUCCUUCUGCUCCUGCUCCUGCUGUUGUAGUGGAGCCACCAGUGAAGCAUGUUAAAAUCGACUUCAAUGCAUUGCCAACAAAUGGGCGCAGCAAUAACAAUAACAACAACAACAACAACAAUAACAAUGAUGACAACGAGGAAGGCAAUGAGGAUGAUGGCGAUGACGUUGACGUGUCAGACGUGACGUCACUGUCAAUGCGGCUAAAGAGAGAAGAGCGUGAAAGGGAACGGGCAAGGGCAGAGGCACAGGCUGUGCAUGCAGCAGGUGGAGGUGGAGCUGCAGUUGCAGGGACAGCGACAGCGACAGCGACAGAUGUGGAACGCAAAUAUGGCCAAAUAUCGAAUCAUAUAUAUCUGCUAUAUAUGCGCGCCUCCGGUCUGCCCAUAAUCAUUGUCUUUUUUAUCACCGCACUAAUUUGGCAAUGUUUGCGUGUCUAUACGGACGUUUGGCUGCAGCACUGGAGCGACCAUGUGGACGCCAGGAGCGACGGCCGCAUGGACGCGGCCAGCCACGAAGUCACGUACUAUUUUCGCAUGUAUGCAACAAUUUCGUGUGUUUGCAUUAUAAUGGCCAUGAUAUCAACACCGGCCGGACAAUGGGCCGGCUGCAAAGCCAGCCGUAAUUUGCACGAUAAACUGUUGCUAACGAUUUUGCAUAAAACUUUGCAUUUUUUCCAAGUGACGCCGCUCGGACGCAUUCUGAAUCGUUUCAGCAGCGACAUGGCGAUCAUUGAUAAGAAAAUCGCCGCAACCUGUCAACGCCUGCUGCAGUUCAGCUUGCUCUGCCUUUGUGCCAUACUCAUAAAUGUGAGCAUUACGCCCUGGUUUCUGGCCCUCACCCUGCCCAUUUGUGGUGCAUACUAUGCCAUCCAGAAGUUCUACAGGUGCUCGGCACGCGAGCUGCAGCGCAUCGAGAACUCAAGCAGCUCGCCGGUCAUUUCGCAUCUGGCGGAGACGAUUCAGGGUGUGACCACAAUACGGGCAUACAAUCAGCAGGCACGUUUCACCGAGAUACUCUUCAAGCGACUCGAGGCGAACACGAUUGCGUUUACUAUUAUGAAUACGAGCAACCGCUGGCUGGGCAUAUCAUUGGAUUACCUGGGUGGUUGCAUUGUUUUUGUGGCCAUCGUAACGGCACUGGCAACGGCAAGCGUCAGUUGCAGCAGCUAUGUGAAGGAGGCGGUGGCGGAGCAGCAGGCAAGUGGCAGGACGUCGGAGAUGGCAGGAACUUAUGCCAUCAAUAAAGGCGCCAGCUCCAAGGAGUUGACGCCGACGCCCUCGCUGGUCGGCCUGGCCAUAAACUACACGUUGUUGGUGCCGAUUUACCUUAAUUGGGUUGUAAAACUUUUGGCCGAUAUGGAGAUGUAUGCGGGCUCGGUCGAACGCAUUGCGCACUAUGCACAGCAGACGCAGCAGGAGCAGGAGCAGCAGCAGCAGCAGCAGCACCAGGAUACGGAAAUAAGCAAUGAAGUCGAUAGGUCGCCCUGCACGACUAACGUUGACAAAGUUUACCCAGGCGCAACGUCAGCUGGCGUUGAUGUUGCCGGCGACUCGGCUCUAGCUGCUGAUAAAUUAAAUGCAGGCAAUGCAGCUUCAGCUCCAACAGCAGCCGGCAAUGGCAAUCACUUAAACUUCCACACGGCGCCAGUUGUUGACAAGCGGCAGCUGGCGACGACAGCGGCAAGGACGUCAAUGAUUAAGGAUAAGGCAGUGACAGCGCCUGGCGACAAGGUCGCGUUAUCUAAUGACCCAUCAAGGCGUAUCAAAACUUACCAAAGCGUUCCGAUUUCCUGGCCACAACGAGGCGACAUCAGCUUCGAAAAUGUUAGCCUGCGUUAUGAAGGACAAAGGCAGAAUGUUAUCAGCCAACUCGACUUAAAGAUACCAGCAGGCCAACGGAUUGGCAUCUGUGGCCGUACGGGCAGUGGCAAGUCCUCGCUGGCUCUGUCCCUGUUUGGUGUGUUGGAGACGACGAACGGCCACAUUCGCAUCGAUAAUGUGGACAUUGAGCAAAUCCGGCCAGACGAGCUGCGUACCAGAUUGUCGAUAAUACCACAGGAUGUGCAUUUGUUUAAUGCAACAAUACGUGAAAAUCUCGAUCCGCAUGGCUAUUAUUCGGAUUUGCAAUUGUGGAAUUGUCUCGAAUUGGCGCAGCUCAAGGAGUUUGUCAACGUGCAGCUGCCACAGGGAUUGGACACGGAAAUCUCUGAUGGCGGCGUCAGCUUUAGUGCCGGCCAUCGCCAAUUGCUCUGCCUGGCACGUGCCAUACUGCGUGGCUCGGUCUGCCUGGUGCUGGAUGAAGCAACAAGUACAUUGGACAGCAGCACAGAGCGUGCGCUGCUCAAGGCGGCUGACAAGGCCUUCCAGGGUCGAACAAUUAUAACCAUUGCCCAUCGCCUGAGCACCAUUCUGGAUUAUGAACGCAUUAUAGUGCUGGAGCAGGGUGAAAUUGUCGAGGACGGCAAUCCAAGGCAGCUGCAACAGCAACCCAGCUCCAUCUUUUAUGGCCUCUUGCACAAGGGCGAGCACCUGAACGUGGCGGCAAGCUCUUAGAUCUAGCAUUAAGCACAGAUCUCCUCAGUGGAUUUCUGUAU